AUGAGCAACUCAGAAAUAAAAAAUAUUUUUGUCCAGUUAAGCCAUGUAAAUAAAGAAAAUCGAGACAAUGGAAUGAACUUAGUUUAUGCUUAUAUAGAAAAAAACAAAAAUAAAUUGAAAAAACGAGAAAUAACAUAUUUAUGUACAGGCUUAUUUUAUUAUUAUUGGUUAUGUUAUUCUAUUAAUGAACAAAAAAAAUCAGCUUUAAAAAUAUGUAGAUUGAUACAUAUAUUUGAUGGGAAAGAUAAUGAUCAUGAUAAAAAGCAUGUAUUUUUAUUUUUACAAUGUUUUUUACAAACUAUGUCAGUAAAAUAUGAAAAUUUGGAUGUAUAUAGAUUAAAUAAAUUUUUAUUUUUAUUUAGAAUUUUUCAAGCUGAAUUUUUAAUGUUCUUACAUAAUUAUUCAUGGAAAAGUAUAUAUAUUAAAAAAUAUAAUAAAAUAAUUAUGAACAAAUUUAAUGAUACUAAUGAUGUUUUUCAUGCUUAUAUAGAUACAUUUUUUAAAGAAUUUAUGGGAAAUGAAGUUUAUUUAAAAUUAAAAAAAGAAAACCAUGGAUAUAAUACAAAACAAUUCUUAUUACUAAUUGACCCAUUUUUUAAAAUUGUCUGUAAAACAAACAAAAAAUACACUAUUGAUUUAAUUCAAAAAAAAAUAUUUUUUAUGGUUUUAAAAGUUAAUAUAAAACGACAUAUUUUGUUGGAAAGGAUUAACAAAUAUAUAGAAAAAUGCCCAAAUAAAUAUGGAUCAAAAAUUUUGAAGAAUUUUUACAAUUUAUUCGAUACUUCAAAUAGGAAAAAGAAUAAAAUAAAUAUAAAAUAUAAAACACCGAUUUUUGUUGCAAAUUAUAAUAACGAUGAUAAUAAUUGUGACAAAAGUGGCGAUGAUAAUAAUUGUGAUAAAAGUGAUGAUGAUAAUUGUGGUAAAAGUGACGGAAAUAAUUGUGAUAAAAAUGACGAUAAGGAUGGUGGCAAAAGUGACGAUAAUAAUAAUUGUGAUAAAAGUGGCGAUGAUAAUAAUUGUGGUAAAAAUGACGAUGAUAAUUGUGGCGGCAAACGUGACGAAUGUAAUGAUGAGACAGUUAACACAGAAGAAGUUAUGGAUGAAGAAACUGAGAAUAAUUGCUUUGGUCAAAAGGCAAAAAAAAAAAAUAAGAAAAAAGAUAAAAUAAAAGAUAAAAUAAAGGAUAAAAUAAAAAAUAAAAUAAAAAAGAUAAAGGCACACACACAAAUCAAUAGAGAAAUAACUGAUGAAGAUAAAGAUUAUAUUAAUAUGCUUUUAAAGGAAAUUAACGGAAGUAAAAAGGGAAAGAAAAUAUAUGAUAGUCUUUUUGCUAAAAACAAUAAAAAAAUACCACUUAGUUUUAUCAAGUUAAUGUUAAAAGAAAUGUAUGCCAAAAAAAAAAAAUCAUUAAGAAAUAAAUUUAAACAAAUAAAUGAUUCUGAAAAUAACGAUAUACCCAUGAAAAAAAAAGAAUUAAAAAAAAAAAAAAAAAAAUUAAUGGCUAUUCCAAAGAAUCAAACAACUAAUACUGAAUUUGAAUUGGAGGGUGAAAAAAAAAAAGAUAAAAAGGAAAAAUUACUAAAAAAAAAAGAUAAAAAAGAAAAAUUAUUAAAAAAAAAAGAUAAAAAAGAAAAAUUAUUAAAAAAAAAAGAUAAAAAAGUGAAAAAGAGUUUAAAAAAAACUCUUCUUAUUCAUGAGCCACGAUUAGGUGAUAAAAAUGUUUUAAACAAAACUAUUUUAAAAAAAGAAAAGACAAAAUCUAGUACGCCUAAAAAAGUUCAUUUUGAUUUAAAUAAAAACACAAUCGAAUAUAUCCCAUGUGCUAAAAAAAAGAAUGUUAAUUCAUACUUUUUUUUGGAUAACUUUCGAAACUUAAUUAAUGUUCCAUCCUUUUUAUAA